GUUGCUGCUGAUAACACUGCCUCUGGUUUAGGGCUACGAGAGAGGGGCUGCCUCACGCCACCUGCCUGCCCGCCUGUUCGAACCCAGGGUCGACUGCUUCUUCUGAGACCUUGCCAAGAAGCUGUCCCUUCUCAGUCUCGAGACCCUCUCCCCUCUGCCCUUGUCGCGGUCCAUCGAACUUCCUGGGCGGUAUAUGGAUAGAAGUUCCCUGUUUCAGCUCAUACAAGAGCAGCUCGACCCUGAGAACACCGGAUUCAUCGCAGUGGAGAACAUCAGCAGCCUGCUGGAGCACCAUGAGCUGCAGCUGGACCCGUCCAAACUGGAGAUGCUGUUCGCGCUGGUGCAGAGCAACGAGGAGGGCCAGGUGUGCUACCAAGAGCUCCUCGAGCUGAUGAGCAGUAAACGCUCCAGCAGUUUCCGCCGGGCGAUCGCCAACGGGCGGCGCUCGCUGCAGAGGGAGAUCCUAUUGGACGAGACGGGGCUGGGGCUCUACAAGCGCUUUGUGCGCUACGUGGCGUACGAGAUCCUGCCGUGCGAGACGGACCGCCGCUGGUACUUCCACCAGAACCGAUUCUGCCCGCCUCCCAUCUUCAUGGCACUCAUCACGGUCAUACAGAUUCUUGUAUUCCUCUGCUAUGGUGCAAUGCUGAAUAAGUGGGUCCUGCAAACCUAUCAGCUGGACUUCAUGAAGAGCCCCCUGGUGUAUCACCCGGGGCAUCGGGCACAGGUCUGGAGGUUCUUCACAUACAUGUUCAUGCAUGUCGGGCUGGAGCAACUGGGGUUCAACGCCCUCCUGCAGCUGAUGAUCGGAGUGCCUCUUGAGAUGGUCCACGGCAUCCUCCGCAUUAGCCUCCUGUACAUGGCAGGGGUGCUGGCGGGCUCCCUGACGGUCUCCAUCACUGACAUGAGAGCCCCCGUGGUGGGGGGGUCCGGCGGGGUCUACGCACUCUGCUCAGCUCAUCUCGCCAACGUCGUCAUGAACUGGGCUGGGAUGCGCUGCCCUUAUAAACUGCUCAGGAUGAUCCUGGCUCUCGUCUGCAUGAGCUCCGAGGUGGGUCGGGCGGUGUGGCUGAGGUUCUCUCCCCCGCUCCCCUCCUCAGGCCCCCAGCCCAGCUUCAUGGCCCACCUGUCGGGAGCGGUAGUGGGGAUCAGCAUGGGACUCCUGAUCCUGCGCAGCUACGAGGAGAGCCUGCAGCGGCAGUGCUCCUGGUGGGUCAUCCUGCUCUCCUUUGCCACCUUCUUCGUCUUCGCCAUCUUCUGGAACAUCUUUGCCUACGAGCUGCUCGAGGUGCAGAUCCCGCCCCCUCCCUAGAGGGACACGCCCCUCGGGUUAAACCACACCCCUUUAAAAACCUCAUCCACUGAAAAACUCCACCCAUUUGAUUGAAGCACCGCCCUGUCUUUGGUUUUAUCCCAUUCUCAGUCAAACCUUUUGGGGAAAAAUAAAAACUUUGUAGCACUUGUUUUUACAUGUUAGUGUUGCCAGUUACCAGGUAGUUAACAUGCACAUAGCUACAUAGUCAGUGCAAAUUUUCCGAUGGCUGUAUUUGGUUUGGUAAAUGUUCUGAAUUUAGCUGAGGAGCUCAACAGACACGUUACCAAACCUUUUCGGAAUACACAUAUUGUUAAUACCCACAGUAUUACAAACACUGUUCUUUGUGCUACAUAAAAAUUAGUGCUGCCGGAAACUUCAGUCCUAAAGAGAAUCCUGUCCUUUCAUUAUUUUAACAAAUUUAUCUCUUCAUUCAAAAAAUGAUUUCCUCUCUCUGGAGCCUCCCUCCCUCGAAUGAAGUCCUGGACCUCUCCUCAAAGAUCUUACAGAGACACUGGAAUCUUUGCUCUUCGAGGAUUCCGCCAUCAUCACGCCUCUCUUCAGAAGAACCCCGCCCACACAGGGAAGCUCCACCUCUCCUGUCUGUCUACCUGGUGACUGGAGAGAGCCAGGGACUCUUCCCCAGGGAGACAGCAAAGCUGGGCUGGACCAUUAGACACCUGCUUCUCUGGGGAGAGGGCUCUGUAAAAUGCUCUAUUUUUACCUCAAUGUCUUGAUUCGUAAGGACAGAAUACUUUUGUACUUGAAUGUAUUUUGGGGUUCAUUUAGUUUUGGUUUUGCGUUAAAAAGAAAAAGGUGCAGUAUUUCAGAUUUUGCCCUUUGAAAAAAAUGACCUUUUAAGGAUUUAAUUAAUAGAGCUAUAGUAUUUUAUCUUUUCAUGUUUACUAUUUGUAGAACUGACCACGGAGCCGUCAUAUUUCAGCGCUCCAGUAUCCCAUAAAUAAAACUUGUGGAUUCGUUAUUGUCGAUUACACAUGUUUUCUUGUUCUUUUGGUAUAUACAUGUUUUGUUUUUGCUUUAUUUGGAUUUUUAUUUUUUUUAAAGAAAUACUAUUAAUAAAUUCUCAGAACUUCA